CACGGUCUUUUAUCCCGUGUCUAAGCGGGCAUUUAUUAUUCAUAUUUUGUAUUUUCUUGAAUCGUGAUUUGUAAUAAAAGAAAGGAAAAAUUAGUGAGAAAUCGCAGUUGCGUGUAUUGGUGUUAGAGAAAGAAAGAAAGAGCAGGUCACUGAACGACCAUACGAAGGUAGGAAGAAGGAGAGAGAAAAAUAAAAGACAGACAGAGAAGGAUUUUCGUCGCGACAUAUACACACGUAUAUACACGUGCGAAAGCGAGGAGAGACGUGAAACACGCGCGUGCGCACCCGCGUAACACAUAUACACAUAUAAGAAAGAGAGAGAGCAAGAAAGAGAUAACGAAGACACGGCGCAGGAAGAGGCAAGAGAAUCAGUGACACUGGGAGGGUCGAGUAUUCCUCGUGCAAAACCGCCACCGGAAUAUAUGUCGUGAGUGUGCGACCGAAGAUCCGCGGAUAGAGGCCGGCGAUAGUGCGUGCAGAGCUUUAAGAAGCAAAAAAAAAGCAAAGACUCCGGGUGAAAAGCAAUGCGGGUUCAUUGACUGCGUGCCGCGCAAUGGCUGCAUGUUCGUGGCCGAUGCACAGUGCAUGUGUGACAGGAGCUACGAGGAGGACGACGCCGAGGACGACGAGGUCGAAGAUACCGGCUACGGCCAAUAUCGAACUCGAGACCUACUGAAAUUCUGUUCGAAUUCUGUAUGUGAUUGAGGACUCGAGGACUAUCUUGAUCAAAACUGCGAUAACAACGAGAAACGUUGGAAUUUUUCGUGCUUUUUACGUAACUCGGUUACUACUGGGCUUCAACAAAAUUCUGCGCAUCCAUUUGCAGAUAUGAUCUUAAUUUAUCAGGAUACACUUAUGAACACUUAAUCAACAUUUUCUUAUAAAUCUUCAUAAAGUUUUAUCAUUAAUAGUCUCUUGAACUUCUGAAUUUUACCAAAGACACGAAGAGAAUCCUGACACAGACUUUAAUCCAGUUAAAUUAUCUUUUUUAAAUUAUCUUUAAGAAAAAAAAAAAAAAAAGGAAACGAAAAAGCUUAUUUGCUUCUCCAUUGUGCUUCGUGCACCAGAUUUAUCUAACAUAAAUCUUCGAUUACCAAUUUUAUCCGGACUUAAUGCUUGCGACCAGGUGUUUGGACAGAAAAUCGGCACGAAGUCGCGGCAGUACCUGGAAAAAAUGUUCAUUUGCUGACGAUUGGCAGCAAAAGCAAGCAGAUCGCGGUGGUGAAUCGUCGUUGAGAAUCGCGUCGGACGUGUUGAGGUGGCGGGACUUAGGUGAGGAUAUUCCGUCGCGUUUGACGUCGUUGUCGUCGUCGUGGUGCGUUGUUCAGCCCGUGGUUCGGCAGUGAGAGAAAGAUAAGAGAGAGAGGCGGGCAGCUAUAACCGGCAACCACACGGUGGACAUGAUUAUUUCAAAGGAUCUGUUCCUCUUUGGCGACCAAGAUUACCUGCGCCUUCCCAGCAACGAGAAGCGCCAGCAACGGGCAAUGGGCCGACCGAUCAUCAAUGCUCCCAGGUAAGAACGUGUAUUUUACGUGUAUUUCGUCAUUCUACCUGAAGUGUCUCAUCGUUCAACAUUUUAUACAGGUAUCCGCAAAUAUUUCGAAACGCGGAGAAGGGAAUCAGGAGAUCUCGCCAAUUCCAAGCCUAGGAGGAUGGAGAGGUCUCGAGUAUGGAGGGAUACGUGGAAUAGGCAGAAGGAAGGUUAUCGUGCUCGAUCCCAAGGAUCUCUGUGCGUUAACGGAGGAAUCGGCGGCUGCGUCCUAUUUCGAUCGAGUGGCAGGCCGCCAUGUUGGAGAUAACGAGGCCCUCAGCAGUGCCAGCGACGUCGAUCAUCGAUCCUGCGACAACUACGGAGAAACUCGAUUACGAAGAUUGACGUUCACCGGCAGCAACUUUCCAAGAAUUCCAGGCACGUUAAGAGGCAGAAAUACCGACAUAUUGAAACGGGUUAAAUGAUAAUCAGAGACCGUGGGAGUGGUAGUUCCUCGAGGGUGCGCCGGUUGUUGUACUCUCAAAGAGACGACCGCGGCCGCUAUUUCGGCUAACUUUUUUCCCCUUUUUUCUUUUUUUUUUUUUUACUGGGUUAACCACAUUGUUGCGGUCAUCCAGUGCUGUUUUUUGGUAAAUUAUCGUAUUGCUAGUAGUGUUCCACGCAGAUUCAGAAUCAGAAUCGAUUUUUGAAUCUUUGAUCCUCGAGCGAAUUGAUAGAUACUUUAGAAAAUAUGACACGAUUCGAGUUUUCUUCGUAAAUUAAAAUCUUUUUGAUUCUGUUUAAAAAUCGUGUAAUGUUUUGUCUUAUUUGAAUUAAUCUUAUAAGUCGAGAUAUUUAUUUUAUAUUCAAUUUUUAAUGGGUCUUCUUCUAUUUUUUUUUUUUUGUUUCCUUAUUUCCGUAUUUGAUAGCUUUGUAGAAUUGAAGUUUCAAUUUUUGUUUCGUGAAAAAUGUAGAAGGAAUCGAUAAGUGAGAAUAUUUAGAAACGAAGUACUUCGAUUGAGUUCAAGUGUUUUUCCCAACUAAAAAUUAAGUUUUUUUUCUGAUAGAGUAAUUAGAGUAAAACGUAUAAUUAUUCUAUUUUUAAAUUAAAGUAAUGUUCUCUUUGGAUAUUCUCAAUGCUGAAGUCUAGACGGUAAAAAAAUGUUCUGUGACAUUUUCAUAAAUUGUAGCUCUGAACUUGAAUCUUAUAAAAAAUAUAUGGUACGUUAUAUUGGUAUGGUUAAUUGAGAGAGAAAAAAAAAAAUAACUUUUUACAGCGUUGGAUAUUUUAUUUAGAUUAAUUAUCAAGAUAUAAAUGGAAAUUUCUUUCAGAUCUUUGAUGAAUUAGGAUGGAAUGUGUAUAAUGACGUUGCAUGUGUCGUAAACCUGUAUUUCCACGUUUUUAGUUAUCAAUCUGAUUAGAAAAUAUGUGUACAAUGUGAUCCACUGUAAUGUUGAAGAAUAAUUGUAAAUGGGUCGAUGUACAUGAAUAAUUUAUAUAAUGUAUGUUAUGUUUAUAACUAUAUUGACGAUUCUUUUA